AUGCAGUACCGUCCGUCGCCAGUGUCAGAACCCAUGGCCGCACUCUUGCGUGGUUGUUCAGAGUUCGAUCCCACGAGAACAGAAGCUUCCGUGUCCCGAAGUUGCACACGCAAUCGUCCCAAGUCUGAUGACGAGUGCUUCUCUGCUAUCGUGGUCUCGACAUCUCUGGAAGCUGACAUUGCCGCGGCGAGAACUUUCCAAAAAGCAGGAGAGUUCGACUCCCGUCAUGCCACAAGCUUGGAGGGUAAGAAGCUCGAACUCUCAGCUGGUGCCCCGCCCCGGUCCUUGUCCACUAAUGAAGAGAGAGUGUCCUUUCCCAUCCCGACCGGAAGUGGAAGGACCCUGUUCCCAUUCCUAGUCCACUAG